CUAUACAUCCUUAAACGCUCGAUGUAUUCGCUUAUGUCCAUGCAGCAAUUUUGAAAUUUCAUAGUUACAUAAAGAAAAAAGAUUUUGCGCAGUUAUUUUAAUGAGUUUCCUCAAUCGAUAAUUUAUCGGCGGAGUCAACAGCGACCUGUGUUGUAUAUUGCGCGUGGCGGCUGCGCAGUGAACGGAAACGUGCGUGUCUUCGACGUCCGUCAACGCGGAUGCGAGAAAACCGUGGCAAUCAUGUAAAAACGCGGUGUCAACGUUGUUUCACGGGUCGUUCGUCGAUUCCACGUGAUAAUCGGAAGGAUCGGUCUUUUGAAUCUGACGAGAAACCCGCGAUACAUCGGUCCGUUCGUUCUGUGCAACACCGCGAUUCUCGUUACGCGUGCACGGUGAGAAAGACGUAGACAUCUCUCGGCAAGAGGGUCAUCGAGCAGCCCGCACGAAUGGUUCCUCUCUGAGGAGGAUCGACGCCCGCCUGUACAGUGAGUGACAUCGAAUAUUAACGAGCGACAAGGACAUGGAGAACACCAUGCAACCGCCACUUCCGCCUCCACCCCCACCCUUGGAAAUCCUUCCAAACAGCAGCACGGAGCACACGGUCACCCAUGUCUUAACAUUUGUAAACCUGGCGGACAGCGGAGGCCAGAGGGUAGACAUGACGCACUUCGAUCUGCUGAAGGUCCUUGGAACUGGAGCUUACGGAAAGGUGUUCCUGGUGCGAAAGAGAACCGGCGCUGAUAUCGGCCAACUCUACGCCAUGAAAGUCCUGAAGAAAGCCUCGAUCAUCCAAAGGAAGAAAACAACGGAACAUACCAAGACGGAGAGACAAGUUCUGGAGGCUGUUCGAGACAGUCCUUUUCUAAUUACGCUGCAUUACGCUUUUCAGACAGAUGCAAAGCUCCAUUUGAUUUUAGAUUAUGUCAGCGGCGGCGAGUUGUUUACCCAUCUGUAUCAACGAGAACACUUUAACGAGGACGAAGUGCGAAUUUAUAUCGGCGAAAUUAUUUUAGCGCUAGAGCAACUACACAAACUGGGUAUAAUUUACAGGGACAUUAAACUAGAGAACAUACUGUUGGACAGAGAGGGACAUAUCGUGUUAACAGAUUUCGGACUGAGCAAAGAGUUCCUGCCGCACGAAAGGGACAGCAACGCCCGUGCUUACUCCUUUUGCGGAACUAUCGAGUACAUGGCACCGGAAGUGGUACGAGGGGGCUCCGCGGGACACGAUAUUGCGGUGGACUGGUGGAGCGUGGGCGUGCUCACGUACGAACUCUUAACCGGCGCUUCUCCUUUUACGGUCGAUGGCGAGAGAAACACGCAGCAAGACAUAUCUCGCCGGAUCCUGAAGACCGACCCACCGGUCCCGAGUCACCUGAGCCCGACCGUUCGCGAUUUCAUCCUUCGGCUUCUGGUGAAAGACCCUCGGCAAAGGCUUGGCGGUGGUCCGACCGACGCGAAGGAACUGAAGGAGCAUCCAUUCUUCCAGACAGCUCCACCUCCAUUCACGUGGGACCUACUGGAAAAACGCGAGAUCACUCCGCCUUUCGUUCCUCGUAUCACCCACGAAUUGGACACCAGUAACUUCUCCGACGAGUUUACCCAAAUGUCUAUUGCGGCCGACAGUCCCGCGGUGGUUCCACCUAAUUAUGACAAGAUCUUCAGAGGCUAUUCUUACGUGGCACCGUCUAUAUUAUUCGGGAAUAACGUAGUCAGUAAGGAUAUCGUCAAGGAAGCUACAAAGGCCAGCACGGAGGGCCAGAGACCAUCAGCGGCGGACGUGUUAGCCGCCAGAUUCGAAGAGUCGACGUUCUUCCAGACUUACGAGCUAGAUUCGCGAGAGGAAGCUUUGGGCGACGGUAGCUUCUCAGUAUGUCGCAAGUGCAGGCAUAAGAAGACGUUGCAGGAGUAUGCUGUGAAGAUCGUCAGUCGAAGGGUCGACUGCGGGAGGGAAGUGGGCUUGUUGAGGGCCUGCCAAGGACACCAGAACAUCGUCAAACUGGUAGAAGUGCACCAUGACAGGGCGCACACAUAUAUAGUGAUGGAAUUAUUGUCCGGCGGAGAACUCCUGAGGCGGCCGAGGCCGUUCACCGAGCAACAAGCCAGCAGAAUAAUGCGACAACUCGCUUCCGCUGUUCGAUUUAUGCACUCAAGAGGCGUAGUCCAUCGGGAUUUGAAGCCGGAGAACAUAGUGUUCGCUCACGAAGGCGAGGAUGCGCCUGCGAUCAUCGUGGACUUCGGUUUCGCCAGAAUAAAACGUGGCUGCGAGCCUCUCCACACUCCGUGUUUCACGUUGCAAUACGCGGCGCCGGAGGUAGUCGCUUGCCAAGGCUACGAUCAAAGCUGUGAUCUCUGGAGCCUGGGCGCGAUCUUGUAUUCCAUGUUGUCCAGGAAACAGCCGUUUAUAACAGGCUCUCCGGACUUGGCCACAAGAAUCAGGGCCGGUGAAAUCGAUUUCGACAGCGAAUCUUGGAGUCACGUGUCUAGUCUCGCCAAACAAGUAGCCAAAGGGCUGCUGACCGUGGAUCCUAACAAAAGACUGACAGCCACCGGUUUGGCAAAACAUCCGUGGCUGCACGAAUCGAACUCGAUCGAUGACGGAACCUCGCCCGAGGUAAUCGCGAUAGAUAAUUGCAGUGCCUCGGUGGAGAAGUCGGAAGGCUUCCGGUUGCGCGAAGUCGACGGUGCUCGUCUCGCGCAGCGUCGGAAGCUUCAUAAGCGGUCCACUUCCAGUUCUGUGUCGUCUUCCGCUUCCACUACAUCUUCCAGCCCUUCCGUGCAACUCCUCCGGCCACCGAGCACUACUACCAACCCGGCUACUUCCGCUUCACCCGCGCAGCCGAGCGUCUUCGAUUUCGGCGAAGACAAAGUCAAUGAGUACCUCAGUUCCUUGUCCUCCUCUUCGGAUUCGAAUUCGCCGAGGAUCAUGUUACAGGAAGAAUCCGCGAACAAGGAUAGGCACAAGCGGGAGGAGGACGAGGAAGCUAAGAAGAGGCACGAGAGGCACGAGAGGCACGUGGAAACCGACGAGAUUUACAAAAGUAGAGUCGGUCCGGUGACCAGAUCCAGAAAGAGGAAACUGGAGGAAGAAACUGUGAACGGGGACGAGUCACCGGUGACGCACUCCUGCGAGACGAGCCACGUUGACUGCCAGGAGAUUCACCGUAAACAGAAGGCAGGCAAACGGCCCAAGAGGCUCGCCAGCAUCGUCGUCGAUUAGACGAAACCGUCGCCUCGCGUCUCCUAUGUACGAUGUGUGCAUUUCAGGUGAUGUUCUUAAAUGUCGGCUGCCUUCGAAGCUCGAAUCGUUUCGGGCGACACAUUGCGUCAUUCCUAUUUCCGGGACAUCGCUCGGGGCCCACAAAAUCUAAUUAAUGGUAUCUAAAACCAAUGUUAUGAAAUGUUACAGGAGUUCGUUAAAGAUUCGAACAUAUUUUCUUUUUAUUACGUGAGUUCUAUUCAUUAAUAGGCCACGUUGUCAAACCAAUGUUUCUAAACGCUUAUUAAUGAAUAGAACUCGCGUAAGAAAAAAAAAAUAUGGUCGAAACUUUAACGAACUCCUGUAACAUUGCAUAACAUUGAUUUUAGAUACCGUUAAUUAGAUUUCUUGGUUGCCCGUAAGUUAAUUAGUUUGUAUGCGAUAUUUAAUAUUCUUUUCCAAUUCGUUAAUUUUUUUUUCCGUUUAGUUUUAUAACGUGGAAAUUAUGUUGGAAGUGAUGAACAUUGAAGUGAUGUUGGCUUAGUUGACUCUCCGAUGAAUCUGUACAGGAUUUAAAAUGGCGUCCCUAAACAAUACGGUUCCUUAUCGCAAUCUUAAAUUAUAUUGUCGUAGGUACCUUUAAUUUUAUGCCAUGUUUAGGAUUACGUAUCACCGAAGGGAGCUCUGGGAAAUGGUACUUGAAGUAGAAAAUAACGGAUACGUGUUCCUCCUUUAUCUUAAUACACAAUUCUGAACAAGCGUUCAUCAUUCCCAUCGUUCACCGCAGUUUGCCUGAUCGCGAGACCUUCAAAUAAGAUUUCAUUUAUUUCAUAGUAAAUAAUUUUCUGUUCCAUCGAUAUAAGCUAUUUUUUUAAAUACUGUACUAUGCUAUACCUGGUCAGCUCCUUUAUGUGGAUACUAAGUGAUGUACAUAUUAAUAAAUCCCAGAAUUAACUCGUGGAACGUUCUCGAUGUUGGAGAACGUCGAGUCGUCGAUUUGUACAGAAUAAGAAAUCGAAACGCGACGAGAGGUCAACGAAACGAUACACGGGAGUCGGUUCCGUUGACUGGGUCCUCUUUCCUCGCGUUGUCUGUGAUCAACCGUGUAAAAUGAAAUACGAGAGAAGUCGUCUAAUUAGUUGAUCGUUUCGUUGAGUCUUGAACUUCUUCAACACCCUCUGCUGUAUGAUUUAUCUUUGAAUGAAGGAGAAUAAGGUAAACCUAGAGAAGAAUGACGCCUUCGUAAACAAACGGCGGGCUGAGAAUCGUAGCAAGCGAGAACUUCGAAACAUACGUUCCCUCUAGUAUUCUUUAAUUAUUUCGUGCUACUAUGAUUUUCAACCCGUAAGAACUCGAUUCGUGGAAAUCACGCAUAGAAAAUGUGCCUCAGAAAGAACGACGAUUUGUAAAGGAGUGCAUGUUACGUAUGUGUGUGUGUGUGAGAGAGUGUGAGAAUAAGUAUCUUCUCUUAGUCGUAAAAACAAUUUCCGUAUUGCACGCGUUUCGUUUUUGCGACUAAGGGAGAAGAUGUUUAUUAUUUAAAGUAACCGGAAGAAGAGAAUGGAAAGGGGCGCGUGUACUCGUGCAUUAAAACAGAGAAGAGUAAACGUAUUGCAACAUACGCGGUUAUAUAAAUAUAAUAUACGUGCAUAUUACAAAGAAAAGUAUACACGGACUGUAAUCGAAGUACGCUUCUGUUCAGACGAGCAUAUACGUUAAUAUCGGAUAACAUGCUAUUCUUAUACAUUGAUUUUUAGUCCUGAAUCUUUAUAAGGAAAAUAAAUAUUAUAUAUUGUAAGAAGAAAAAAAUUAUAUAUAUACACUUAUACACACGGUGGACACAGAAAUCAUAUACGCGUGUACAUUCUAUUUAGGGUGUUAGAAGGUAGGGUCGAUCGAGGGCAUCGAGUAUUAUAAAUCAUAAUAUAUCGUACGUGUUUAUCAUGCGAUUACACGCAUUCAUGUUAUACUUUCGGCCGUUUCUUACCAGGAAUGGGACGAAACGAUUUAUUAACGAACGAUUCAUCGAAACGUUGUUGACGAAAGCGUGAUACGGGGAAUGUUGCUGUUUGUUAAAGAGACCUAGGAAGUGAUUUGAAAAUGUUGAAAGACAGCAUUGAGAUUUAUUUUCUUAAAAAUUUUACUGCGGUUUUACGCUAUUUAACUCUUCGCUUAUUUAAAAACGAAUCCAAAUUCUUAGGCAAACUUAAAGUCAACGAAUGAUUGAUACGGCUUUAAGGAAUAUCGAUUUAUUGCUUCGUUUAAUUUAUUACAGCAAGGAGUUGAACGGUAGGAAAUUAUGUUUUCAGAAUUAGUUUUUAGUGUAUCUGUUAAACGAUUGGUGACUCACGGAUAUGUUUUAAUAUCAGUUUGAGUUACUUUAGUUUGCGAGUUCUUCCAAGUUGAUCUUUUGUAUCUUCCAUAUUGAAACUGAUUAAUAAAAAUCUUCCAUUCGUUAUUUUAA